AUGGCCGCCAUGAAUGAUAUUGAGCGCAGCAACAAUGUACCCGGGCCUAGGGUCACGAUACCACAGCCUUUUCCCUCACAACUACAGACCAUGACACCAGCUGCCCCUGAUAUGACCUUCGAUCGCACACCAGCAAUUGCAAUUGACCCAAUUGCCCUCAUUACCCAAGAAUGCAUAACAAUCACGUCUGCGAUGCGGAAACAUGCCCGCUGGGCGCAGUCUUCGGUGUCUGCAAUCCUGGGUGGAGGGGCUACAAGGCUGCAAGAGAAGGACUUUCUACGCUCGUCCUCGCAAAGUCGCCGGGGGAGUAAAGGGCCCGUGAUACUGGAUCCUGGCAUGGCCAGGCUGAACGUUCCCAACACCUCAGACGAUGAAAAUUCCAGCCUUGCUAGUCGAUGGGGUCUGCGAGGUCGAAAGGGCAAGAGCAUGCAAGAUAACCCGUUGCUAACUGCCUUUGCACGUCUCAGAAGAGAUCUUGCGGGCUGUCGAGACGUGGCCGCCGUGGAUGCCCCCGAACUCCUACACCCUUUCCUGCAAGUCAUACGCAGUUCUUCGACGAGUGCCGCGAUUACUAGUCUAGCGGUGAUCUCGAUCACGAAGUUCUUCGCGUACAACAUUAUCACGGUCAGGUCACCACGUAUCUCUCAGGGAAUGCACCUCCUCAGUGCAGCGAUCACUCACUGCCGUUUCGAAGCUAGUGACACAGCGGCGGAUGAGGUGGUUUUGCUGCGCAUCCUGAGACUCAUGGAGUUGGUCAUAUCCAGGCCAGAGGGCCAGCUGUUGGGCGACGAGAGUAUCUGCGAGAUGAUGAGUACCGGAUUAAGCAUGUGCUGUCAGUCAAGGCUUUCAGAGGUUCUCAGGAGGUCUGCCGAGAUGGCCAUGGUGACCAUGUGCCAGGUAGUAUUCAGCAGACUGAAAUCGUUAAAGGUGGAAGAAAUACCGAAAAUGAGAAGUCGGUCGAAUACGAGGACAACUCUCCUUAGUGCGACUGAAGAGCUGAAGAUUGAACCGCCGAUGACGGGCAGCGUCAUGGGAAAUGGCGAACCAGAAAGGCCUAGUGUUGACGUUGACGGGCGAUCCAGUGUCGAAGACGUUACUGGAUCCAAAUCUUCCACAGAGCCGCAGAAUACCACCGCCCCGGCGAAGGAAGACGAGUUCGAAAACGUUGAGCCAUACGCCCUACCCUCCAUCAAAGAGCUCUUCCGCGUUCUAAUUGAUCUUCUUGAUCCACAUGACAAGACACAUACAGACGCGAUGCGCAUCAUGGCCCUCAGAAUUAUCGAUGUUGCCCUAGAAGUUUCUGGGCCUUCGAUAGCGAAACAGCCUGUUUUGGCAGCACUAGUCCAGGAUGAUCUUUGUCGGCAUUUGUUCCAGCUCGUCAGAUCGGACAAUAUGGUUUUGUUAAACAGCUCUCUGCGUGUCGCUGGCUCGCUGCUUGCUACAUGCCGACAGUUGCUUAAGCUGCAGCAAGAGUUAUUCCUUUCGUACUUGGUCGCUUGUCUGCAUCCACGGGUGGAUAUCCCCCAGGAGCCAGGGAUUGAUUCGUCGCUCUAUGAGGGUGUGCCACAAUCCCCCAAAUUAGUGAAACCAGCACCAUCGCAGCCGGGCAGCGGUCGGUCAACCCCGGUUCCAAUCAAGGACAGGCAAAAGCUGGGUCUGGAAGGCGGUACUAGGAGGCCGGAAGCCAGAGAAGCCAUGGUUGAAAGUAUUGGCACCUUGGUCCGCAUUCCCGGCUUCAUGGCGGAACUCUUUCUCAACUAUGACUGCGAAGUCGACAGGCAGGACCUUUGCGAAGACAUGGUUGGCCUUCUGUCGCGGAAUGCCUUCCCAGAUUCUGCUACUUGGAGUACCACAAAUGUACCACCGCUGUGUCUGGAUUCAUUGCUGAGCUUCGUCCAGUUUAUAGCCGAGAGGCUUGACCACGAAAUGCCAGCAUGGUCACAAGGGCGAAUAGACCAGAUACGAUUACAGCGAGCGAGGAAGAAGAUCAUCAAGGCUGGCGCAUCCAAAUUCAACGACGAUCCGAAAGCAGGAGUGGCAUAUCUGGUCAAGAAUGGCAUCAUAGAAAAUCCAGAUGAUCCUGUACAGGUGGCUCAGUUCUUGAAAGGGACCUCGCACGUCUCAAAAAAGGUUCUGGGAGAGUUUCUGACCAAGAAGUCGAAUGAACCACUGUUGACAGCCUUCAUCGGGCUAUUUGAUUUCGAGGAUAAACGCAUCGACGAGGCCCUUCGGGAAAUGUUGGGUUCUUUCCGCCUUCCUGGGGAAGCGGCACUUAUCUCACGAAUCGUCAACACCUUCACGGAAAAAUACUGCAGAACCGCUGCAUCCGAGGAGAUUGCAGACAAAGAUGCUGCCUUCGUCCUGGCAUAUGCGAUCAUCAUGCUAAACACCGAUUUGUAUAACCCAAACGUUGCGAAGACACAGAAGCGAAUGUCUUAUGAGGACUUUGCGCGGAAUCUCCGGGGCGUCAAUGCCGGUAACGACUUUUCCACAGAAUUACUGCAGGAUAUCUACGAAGCCAUCAAAGAGAACGAGAUCAUUCUCCCAGACGAGCACGAAAACAAACAUGCCUUCGAAUACGCUUGGAAGGAGCUGUUACUGAAAACGCACAACGCCGGUUCUCUAGAGUUGUGCGACACUAACGCUUUUGACGCAGAAAUGUUUAAGGCAACUUGGAAACCAAUCAUUGCAACUCUCUGCUAUGUCUUCAUGUCAGCCUCAGAUGAUGCCGUUUUCUCUCGUGUUGUCGUCGGGUUCGAUCAAUGCGCGCAGAUCGCAGCAAAAUAUAGAAUUACUGAAGCUUUUGACCGUAUUGUCUACAGCGUCAGUCAUAUCAGCGGGCUAGCUGCAGAAGUUCCUCCGAGCACAUCCUUGAAUACAGAAGUUCAGGUUGGGAAGAAGAGAAUCAUGGUCAGCGAGCUGGCUGUGAGGCUCGGACGAGACUUUCGAGCACAAUUAUCAACCGUGUUACUAUUCAGAAUAUUGCAGGGCCAUGAGGAUGCCGUUGGCGACACUUGGAUUUACGUCGUGCGCAUCUUACGGAACCUGUUUGUCAAUUCUCUUAUCACAUUGCCAAAGUUCGAGGAAAAUAGACUCGAAAGCCUUGGUCCGAUACCUCUACAAUCACCUUCACAAGUCAUCGAUCGAGAUGGCCGACUCAGCGAAAGCGGCAUCUUCUCAACGUUUACCUCUUAUCUCUCUAGCUAUGCUGCCGACGAUCCACCAGAGCCUUCGGAAGAAGAGCUCGAAAAUACACUUUCAUGUGUGGACUGCGUGAAGGCAUGUCGACCUGACACUGUCCUCCAACAUAUGGCCUCACUUCCUGCCUCGCAAAUUAAAAACGUGGUGUCUGCUCUGCUGUCGCAGAUGGAAGAACUGUCACCAGUCGUCAGCGUUAAGCCUGAACGCCCAAUUCCCGUUACUGUCAGGGUCAAUGGCCACCGUAUGCCAAAAGCUGGACCGGAGUACGAUCCUGGCACCGUGUUUCUUCUCGAGCUUGCAACGCUGCUCACAUUAAGAGACGACGAAACGAUUGCUGCAGCCGGAGAGCAACUUACCGGAUCGUUACAGAACGCUGUCAGAGAUGCUUCAAAUCUCCAUCCUCUCGCUGCGUCUAGAGUUGUGCAUUACCUCCUUGAAUUAUUGCGGUAUAGUUACACCUGCGACUUUAUGCGUGCCCCCGUCGUCCUCCACGCGAUUUCAAGUUUCGAUGACGCUGUGCUCGACCGAACAGCUUCCACCAUAACUCAGGGGUUCUCCAAUUCCAUUGGCUCUCCUUCCGCCUUGCGCAACGAGAUCACAAAGUCUCCCGACUUCUGGUCAACGUUACAACGUCUCCAUCAGCACAAAACCGAGGCAGAUCGUGUAUUUGACAUCCUCACGCUGCUUUCCACUUCGUCGCCGAAUAAGGCACAAGACCAACAAGCUUUGACGGCAGACAACUUCGAAUCAGCCAUUUCCCUUGCAAAUGACUUUGCAUCCGCCGGCUCGAUCGGCUCGAUCCAAGAAAAGCGUCGCGACUUUGCCGCGAAGCAGGGCCGGCAAGCCAAGCCCGCGAAACCGGAAGACAUCGUAGCUGUUCAAAGGGCGAAUAAAGCUGUUGGAUUGAUCUACCAGCUUACGAAUCGUGUCCCGGGUCUAAUCGACCAAAGUCACCUGGAGAGGAAUGAGGCUUGGGCUGCGUAUUGGAGUCCCAUCUUUCGAGCGUUGUGCGCGCAAUGUGUUAAUCCCUGUCGUGAAGUGAGACACCGUGCCUUGGCUGCCUUGCAGCGCACGUUGCUGUCCGAGACUGUGGCAGAUGAGAAAGGCACGGAGGACGACCAACAUACAGAAUGGACAGCGAUAUUCGACGAGGUAUUAUUUCCGCUUACACUUAGGUUGUUGAAGCCCGAAAUAUACCAGUUGGAUCCGGCGGGGAUGAACGAGACCCGAGCACAGAUGGGAGGCUUACUGUGCAAGGUCUUUCUGAGGUAUUUGGACAGGUUGAACGACAUCACACUCGUUACUCAGACCGAAGAUGACGACCAAAAAAAGAAUGACGAAAAGGAAGGAGAGCAAGAUGAUGAUGAAGAGCAACAGAAGGCCACUUCAGCGAAAGGUGGCAGUAGCAACAAAAUGACAGACGUGUGGAUCAAGACCCUCGAACUCCUCGACCGGCUGAUGAACGCCGGCACCGUGGUUGAACAGCAAGGCGACGCGCUCGCGGAGGCUGUCCGGGAGGGCGUGAAGAACACGCUGCUCGUCAUGGACGGGGCAGGAUAUCUCGGCCGCCACGCCCAGGAUAUUAUAUGGGCAGGAGGCAAAAUAACUCCUCGUAGCCCACUCGGCCUUGAUGACGAAAAUGGGGAGAUUCAAAUCUGGCCCGAGACGGUGAGGCGCUUGGAUCGGUUUCUCCCGGGCUUGGUGCAGGAGCUAUUCCCUCCUGAGCACGAACCGGAACAUACUACUGCUACUGCUGCUGCUGCUGGCGGUGGCAGCAGCGAGGAUGGGAAUCGCAAGCCAGGGCAAAUGCAGCGGGGCAGCACGGGGUCACGACCACAGACGAGAGAUGGAGAAAAGAGAUGA